AUAUAUUAAUGUGGUUAUAUCCGUUAUUAGUCUAUAAACGUUAAAGAAGCAUCAUCGGUGUGUUUACAUGAUAAAUUACCUGUUUUGCCGAUAUUCGUUUAUGAUAUAAAUUUUUAUUUUUAAAAAUGGAUUUACAUAUGUGACAUAUGCAUCACCGCAUUUGCACUAAAUUAAAAUAAAGAUUCAAAGUAUCACUGUGUCUUGAGUCAAGACUGCCCUCUGGAACAUCUGUGCUGUUGCUAAGGGGACAGAAUAUCCAUAACAAAAUGUAUCCGAAGCAUUUGCAUUUAUCAAACCAUCCCGUCACAGACAAAACGGUUGAUUUUUCACCGGCUUCUACCGUCAAAAGAAGAAAAAAGCUUGCAAAUGUAAUUAAUCUCAAACAAGUGACCGGCAGUCAGCAUGAAGGGACUGGUGGCGGAGGGGCGCCUGGAGCUGAUGCAGGUGUACAAGCUGCUUCAGUGCGUGCGCAACCGGGACAAGGCCCAAAUUGAGAAGAUGGCCCGACUGGGGGUCCCCAACCUGAUCAACCUCUCUGAACCCCAGGAAGGCCUCAGCUCCCUGCACCAGGCAGCCGAGGCUAACGACGGCAACAUGAUCAACUUCCUGCUCGCUCAAGGGGCCCUGCCUGACCUGCAGGACAAGGCGGGGUGCACCCCGGCGAUGCGGGCCGCCAAGCUGGGUCACUACGGCAUCAUCGAGCUGCUCGGCAGCAAAGGGGCCGACAUGAAAGCGGUGGACCUGGAGGGGAGAGGGGUCCUGUUUUACUGCAUCUACCCCACCGAGGGACACCUGCACUGCCUGGAGGCAGCUCUGAAGAACGGGGCUGAUGUGAAUAACAUCUCCCACAAGGGGAAGCCCGUCCUGGUGCUGGCCUGCGAGAACGCUGAAGAAUGUGAGGAGAUGUGCAUCGAUCUUCUGGACAAAGGAGCAGAUCCAGACAAUGCUGAUGAGGAGACAGGCCGAACGGCCCUAAUGGGAGCAGCAAGGGUGGGAGCCGUGAAUCUGGCUCGGGCGAUCCUCCAGGACUACGGCAAAGUCAACGACGUCGAUAACAACAAAUGCCACGCUGCUCAUUUUGCUGCCGAAGGGGGCUUUCUGGAGGUGCUUCAGCUUCUCUCGGCAUAUUUGGCUGACCUGGGCAUGGUGUCAGCGAACGGGAACACGCCGCUACACUUAGCAGCGGCGGGCGGCUUCGCAGAAUGCUGCAGGUUUCUCGCCCAGAGAGGUUGUAACCCCAAAUUGAAGAAUGAGGAGGGUUUGAUUGCGCGACAGAUCGCCAAAAACCUCGGCAACAAGGCAGCGAUGAAGGAGGUCAAAAAGGCUGAGACGUUGUACGGGAAGUAUGUCGAGGGCGGAGAGACCAACCCCAAUGAGCUGUGGGCCCUGACUCUCCACGACUGGUCUUACGAGAACGAGGAGCGCCUGCGCAACUCCUUCGACAUGGAGGAGGAGCAAGACGACGAGGAGUCCCACGAGCCCGUGCAGGUCAUCUCCAAGAACACUUUCCUCUCCGUAAUGACGGACGGUGGCGCGCCGGUCGACGCCGAAAAGCUUGAGAAGAUCUUCGCUGCCCACGACAAGAAGCGGGAGGGCAAGAUGAACAUCAACGACUUCUUCAAGGGCCUGGAGUACCUGCAGAAGGCUUUCGUCUCCAUGUCCUACGGCCCCAAGAAGAAGAAGGCUGGCAAAGGGGGGAAGGGAAAGAAGAAGAAGGGGAAAUUUGUCCUGCCCUUCCCCAUAUGCGUGGUUCCGCCCGACCAAGCCCCGCGACGGAGCGACGGCGGGCCGCCCCACUAUAUGAUCGAGAAGUACCACCACUUCACGGACACCAACCGGUUCAGCCGCGACCACCCCCCGGCCCACCCCAUCGUGGACGACUCGGCCUGGUACAUGAAGGAGCCCGAGAAGGCCUUCGUGGACAUAAACCACUGCGUGAAGAGGGGGGACCUGGAGUCGCUCAGCCUGGCCCUUUCCCAGUCCGUGCCCGUGGACGUCACGGACCGCUUCUACAAGACACCCCUCAUGACUGCCUGCAGCAGCGGCAACUACCAGGUGGCUAAGUUCCUCAUUGGCCAAGGGGCCGAUGUGAACGCCUGCGACCAGUUCCAAUGGACCCCGCUGCACCACGCCUGCCACGCGGGCCAGGUGAGCAUCAUCGGCCUGCUCGUCCGGUCGGGCGCGGACAUGGACGCGGUGGCCAUGAACGGGACCACGCCGCUCAUGAGAGCCAUCGAGAGCUGCCGGCCCGCCUGCGUGGAGCAUCUCCUUGAUGCCGGCGCCAAUGUGCACGCUCAGAACAGCAAAGAACAGAAUUGCUUGGAGAUUGCAAGGGCCUAUGGGGACCAGAGGAUAGUCUACUUGGUGCAAACUAAGCUCGAUGAUCCUAAUGACAUCAAGGAAGACAAGCCGCAAGGAACACCGGCCACUGCCCAACCAAAACCUUCACAAGAUGAGGCCCCUGCCUCCCCGCGCACUUUGACCCCUGAGCUGGGGGCAAAGAAGCCGUCGCGGAUGGACAGCGUGGUGUUCCAGAACGCCCGCAUUGCCAGUGGAGCCGUCGACAGGCUUGACAUCACCUACGUGCCCAAAAAAACGUGGGGCCCACCUGUCCCGAACAAGGAGGGGCAAAGGAAGAUCCAACCCAGAAAAGCAGACCUGGAAGGGGCCAGUACAUCACUGUAAAACAACAACACACAGACUCAGGACGAAGCGGAGCCAUCAACCCAGCAAAUUGGGACUCGUCUUAAAGCUGCAGUCACGUGAUCAGGACUGUCCUUUAGUCUGCUUGUCUUUAUGCACACUAUAUGGGUCAAGCUCAAAUAAUACCACUUGUGCUCAGACAGCUAGAAACAGCUGUGAUACAGAACAACUGAAAGUAUUCAAAUGCUAUCCUCAUGUACAUGGAGUCUAGUAUUGAUCUCUUUUUAUUUUUUACUUUUUGGGAGCACUUUCUGUGAUAUAUUUAGAUAUUCACAUGUUUAAUAUUGGGUUCUGCAAUGUUUAAGUGCCAGACUUCCCACAGCGGUGUGGUCAUACCAUUCAGUUCUCCAGAGGUGAUGCAGUUAAAAGAAUUACUGGUGGGUUCUCUGAAAAGGAUGUAAUAAUUUGAAACAAAGGGGAUUGUAAAACGCUUGUCUCAUUAUAUCUCUUUGAAGCUGUAUAUCAGCGCAUAUCUGAAGGUCUCACAGUGUAGUAAUGAGUUGUCAGGCUGAGUUGGAUAUUUAAAAAAUGAAUCUGACAAACCAUUCUUGAUGUACCAUCAAAAGAUUGAGACAUCUGUGGAAUCAAUUUUUAAUAUAUUAACCUUUAUUUCCAUUAGUCUAUUUCUCUGGAAAUAAAUAAUCAGGCACGGUUGACAGGAAAUCCCACCUGAGGGGUCACAAGGGUUCAUGUUUUAAUUGUUCUAAUGGUUCGGGUUAUUUAAAUUUGUCUCAGCGUCUCAAUGUGCAGCAACUGCGUCUUGUUUACUUGUGUAAAAAUGCCGACUCAGACGACGCUGCGAUUCGUAGCUGGGGAAGCUGGGGGCAGCUGGUUUUCGGAGCCAAGUUUCUGUCUCUCUCGCGCAGGGAUCCGGGUUUUAUCGACAGCAAAAAGCCGCGAAGGCGCCAGCGAGCGCUGCUCAAGCUGUGCAGUCACUUCGCUGAUUGAGAAUGAAGUCGAGGCCUGAGAAUUUGAGUGUUUCCUGGUGUCUCUUCAGUGUAAAGUGGUCAAACAGCGACUUCAUUUGCUGGUCAAUUCUAGAAUAGUAGCGGAGAAUAGCAGUAUAAAGCUCCACUAGAACAUGAGAUUAUAUAGGCUUGUUUUACUUACUGUCUAGGUAGCAUCCUGGUCUUGAACAUACUGGAGUUCUUUGCUGCAUGAUCUGGCCAGCAAUUCCAUGCAUUAAGAACUUGUUUAAUUGAAUUUAAUUUUACGUUUAAUUUGUUUUUAUCUAUGGCCCCUUGUUUUGAUCACUGAACUCAACUCAUCUGUUUUCUACUUUCUACUUUUAACCGCUUUCAAGACAGUAAACAAACAAAAAAAAACAAUGUAGCAAAUAGCUACUAACAAUAACAACAAUUAUUUAAAUUAUUGAAUGUUAGUGAUAACAAGAAAAUAAGAACAGCAGUCAUAUUAAUAGUGUUGGACUGUCUGGCUUCAGCAAUCCCUCGGGCAUUGAUAGUCUGUUAUGUAACUAUACUGUGCUUUCAAUAUUGCACGGUUACCUCCCCUUCUUGGGACAACUAUUGAGAUUGUGUUCCACAAAAUAUAUUAAUUAAUUUCCUUUAUGCCAGCAUGUGGAUGCUGUUGUGAAUAUACCCAUUUCAGGUGAUUUAAAACAAUAUUUUGGAGAACGUUUUUACAAGCUCUGUUUUAAAUCCAGGUCUUAUGGCCAUACUGUAGCUCUCCCACCAGGGGGCAGUGCAGAGCCAACAGUGUAGUUGAGAAAAAUGACUGCGAUUAACAGCAGUGGGAAGAAUAUCUGCAGGCCUCAGAACACACCCAUUGCAACAAUGAACAGUAAAAUAACGUUAAUGUGUGUGCUGGAAUGGCAUGAAUCAUUUAGUAUGAGUGCACCUGUAUGACAGCUUUGCAAGGGUUAUAUGUAUUCACAUAUCAAAAAUAGUCUCAAUAAAAAAAAAAACACUUAUGAGGUGCCCUCUUACA